AUGACAGGAACUUGUGUUAAUACUAUAAAGUUACUUGGCUUGGGUUCACUUGGGUUAUUAACUUCAUCACUUAUUCAACAAUCUAUACAAAAUAUUCCCAAUCUAAUCACCCAAAUAAACUCAAUCUAUCAAUUGAAUGUCAUCACUUUAAAUACCAAAAUUGCCGAAUCUAAAGGAUACAUCUUUGGUUCAAGAUUAGUUAAUGGAUUUUUAACUGGAUUGAGCACUUUGUUUUUCACUUUGGCUUUUAAAUAUAGUCCUACUGAUGAAAAACAUCCUUAUUUGGUAUAUGCUGCUAUUGGUGCUCCUUUGACAUUACUUGGAUUGUAUUACAAGACUUGGGUUUAUGAAGAAAAGAUUUUGAAGAAACAGGAUGUAUCAAUUUGGAAAAAGGAUGCAUCUUCCAAGAAUUCCUCUCACGUUCCUUCCUCGGUUGUUUCAGUUGAUGAUGAAGAACAAGAUGAAGCUGAAGUGAUUUCCAAGGUAAACAGUGUUGAUGAAUUGGGUAGGUCUUAUGUCCAUCUUUCCGACGAAUCGGGUCUUUCUACUCCAACUUCUUCUCAACCAGCUUCACCUCAAAUCAGGCACCAAGAAGGAGAACAUGAUGUUGAAGAUGAACAACAACAACAACAACAGCCAUAUGAAGGCACAUCAAAAGAAGAAGCUGAAGUUGAACUCGAAAUAGAAGCUACUUUAGCCAAGAAGGAAAUUGUCCAAGAUUUAGAACAUAUAAAAUCAGGUUAUACUAUUGGGUCUUAUAUUUCUGGUCUAAGUUUGACCAUUGCUAUUGUUGGUUUAUUUGGAGAUUUUUACUUGUUGUAA